GAUGUGCUUGUACAAUACAUGGCAUAUAUUUGUUAGUUUUAAUUGUUUAUAUCGGUAUCUCAAUGAUACAGGAAAUAUUUAGCCCAAAAAGAUAUGAGUUGCUGACAUCAUAGCAUUUGGGGAAUUACUUGAUCAAAGCAAUGAACAGUGCACUGAAUAAUGGUAUUGGAAGAUAAGAUAAACGUCCUAUCGAUACUUUUUAUAAUCUGGUGUUCGUCGUGUAUUAUUCGUUUCCAAAUUUUUUCACAACUUAUACAAAAUUUUAUAUGAUAAAUUCUGAAGUGCUCUAAGGUGUGGCAAUUUGUGCGUAUUGAAAUCGUUGAAAUUGCAUGUGAUGCAAAUUAAUGCUAAUCUAUCAACUAAGCUUAAGUUAUUAAAAUAAAUUCGAUAUUAGAGGAAAAACUACGGAAAAUGGCGCCGACCUACGACAAAGAAAUGUUCAACAUGUCUACAAGUGUUAACAAGGCAUUAAACCCUAUGGAAGCCCCGCUCAAAAUGAAGCACGCUCGUUUCAUAAUUAUAACAACACAUCGCGUUAAAGAAGCGAAAUCCCUAUGGAUGAUUUUCACGCGACAGCCACUAAUGGAAAAUAGAUUUACGGCAUGGAAAUUUUGUCACCUACUACAUAAGGUGCUACGAGAAGGUCACGCCAGCACUGUUAAGGAUUCAUUAAUGCAUAAGAAAAUGAUUUUGGAAAUGGGAAAAUUGUGGGGACAUUUGCAAGACGGUGUUGGGAAUUGCAUACAAGCCUACAGUAAACUGAUUGUAACAAAAUUGGAAUUCCAUGAGAAAAAUAUUUUGUUUCCCGGUUCUCUGCUGAUAGACUUCAAAGAAAUUGAAAAGGCUGCUGUCGAUGAUAUCAAUAUAUAUUUUCAGCUUUGUGUUGAAAUUUUCGACUAUUUGGAUGAAAUUUUAGAGGUUCAAUCGCGCGUAUUUACUUCCAUCAAUGCAUAUCGCAUGUCUUCCAUGACACCGCAAGGUCAAUGCCGUCUAGCACCAUUAAUUACGCUCAUACAAGAUUCGAAUCCCUUAUAUGAUUUAUGCGUACGAGUUAUGUUCAAGUUGCACGAUAAACUGCCAAAUGACAUUUUAACCGGACACCGCGAUCGCUUUCGUGAAUUAUUUUUUAAAAUCAAAGCAUUUUAUGACAAUGUACGACCACUACAAUAUUUCUCAGAUCUGAUACAGGUGCCACAUCUACCAGAAUCAGCCCCAAAUUUUACAUCUAAAGUCGAUUUCGGCAGUUACGUGCCACCAGUAAUGUAUGUACAACCCGAUCCAGAGCCACCGAUGGAAACAUUAGUGGACACCAGUAUUUCCCAAGAAUCAAUCACUACACCUACUCCUACUGCUACUAGAACAGAAAUAGUUGACAAUGCCUCACUGCAAAAUACUAUUAGAGAUUAUGAAUAUGCUUUACAAGAUGUCCAAACCGAACUAGUAACGCUAAGACAGAAUUCCGAAAUGCGAGAAAGAAAUUAUGAACAUGAAUUAACACGUUUGCGUAAUGAAAUAGCCGGUUUGACCAGCGAGUUGACACAUUCAAAGGAAAUUUGUGCAAAUAUACAGGCCUUGAAGGACAGUCUGGAGCAGAAAUUAAUCGAAACUCCGAUACUAUUACAGAAGGCAACAGAGGAGGAGCAAAAGGCGAAAAUUUCAGAGGAAAAGUUUUGCAAGUUAAAAGCAAUGUAUACACAAAUUAGAGAUGAACACAUUAAUUUAUUGAGGCAGCAUGGCGAAUCUACUAAAAAUUUAAACCGAGAGAAACACAUAAACACGGAAUUGCAAGAUGAAGUGAGCAGCCUCAAAUCUCAAAUAAGCAAAAUAAAAGAAGAACUUGAAAAAAGUGAAAAGAUCAGCACAGAAAAGCUUGCGUUAGCAACAGAAAUCGAAACGGUGUCGCAGGAUUUUCAAAAGCUUCAACGGGAACACGAGAAAUUAAGAAAGGAAUAUCAAAGAUUUUCCGACAGUAAAAAUAGCGAAAUUGCGGAAUUGACAGUUAAAGCCGUGCAAUUGCAAACCGAAUCGGUGGCAUUGCUUGAAAGUCAAUUGAAGAUGGCUGAACUUGAAGGGAAACUCAAUACAAUGAAUGAUGCUUUCACUAAAACACAAAUGGACCACUGUGUUAUGGUAGAAGAAUUAAAGAGGGAAUUAGAAAAUAAAAAGGACAAUAUAAGUGAGCUACAAACAAGACACGAAAGGGAGAUAAUGGAAAAAGUUAAAAAAAUCAAGGAACUUGAGAUGGAUUUAAAUAACGUAGAACAAAAUUUGAGGGAAAAUGAAAUAUUUGUAGCAAACCUUGAAAUAAAGCAACGAGCAAACAUCGAAAAACUACAAGAAUACCAAGAGCAUAAAAACAAUUUGGAAGCCAAAUUAAUCGCAGCCAGUACGGCGAUAGAAACAGAAGUUCAAGCAAGACAAGAAAGCGAAAUGAAGUAUGAAAUUAAACUUAAUUCGCUAUAUCAAAAAGUAUUAAAUACCAUCGAACUCGCAACAGAGGCAAAAGUCAACGAAGUGAAUCAGCCAAAUUUCGAUAAGACAAUAAAAUUGGUAGGUGAUAUGGAAAAAAUACUGGAGCAAACGAGCAGCAUUUAUGGAAAGUUUGUUGAGAAUAAACAACUUAUUGACGAUGUCACUCAGCUGACAAUAUUUUUGGGUUGUGUAUUUAUAAUGCUACAUGAACAGUGCCUAUUGAUAUACAACACAACCACCGAUAUAGGCAAAGGCGAAGAUAUUUACAAUCAGAUCAAUAGCGUUAAAGACCCGUUGCUCACGCUCUUCCAACAAAUUAAAACUGUCGAAGAUGUAACAAAAACAAAACAUUCCAUUGUGGAAACUAAGCAAAAACUAAGUGCGUUAAACAAAUCAGUGGCCGAACUCAAUAAAUCGAGCAGUAAUCAUGUGGAGUUGGGUGAUUUAGUAGAAAAUGAAUUAGCCGAAAUGGACAAGGCCGUCGAGGAAGCUGCUGAGAAAUUCGUAGAGCUACUCUCAAGUGCACGAUCCAAAGAUGAGGGUAUCAAAUUAGAAGUGAACGAGAAAAUUAUUGACGCUUGCACUUUCCUUAUGAAAUGCAUUAAGUUAUUAAUAAGAAAGGCUAAGGCUUUGCAAGAGGAAAUCGUGUCGGCCGGACGAGGCACCACCUCGGUUAAGGAAUUCUACAAACGUAAUAGCCAGUGGACGGAGGGUCUGAUAUCGGCCUCAAAGAGUGUUGCAAAAGGUGCUAAUCUGCUCGUCGAAGCCGCUAACAAAGCCAUUGUUUCGGAGUCAACACAAAACUUUGAAUUAAUCGUUGCUGCGCAAGAAAUCGCCGCCUGCACUGCUCAAUUGGUCAUCGCAAGCAAAGUGAAGGCGCCCAAGGAGAGUCAAAAGCUCGGCGAUUUAACAAAAGCUUCGCGGGAUGUAUCACAAGCAACAGGACAAGUCGUUGCCACCGUCAAGGAUUGUAAUCAGUCACUGGAACAGCUGCAAGAGGUGGACUUCACGAAAUUAACAUCGUCGCAAGCAAAAACCAUGGAAAUGGAGAUACAUGUCAAAGUUUUGGAACUGGAGCAAGCACUGCAAAUGCAACGUUUGAAAUUGGCGUCUUUUCGACGCAAACAUUACCAAAAUUCCGACGAUUAAAUUUAAAUGAUUUAUGUGUA